CAUUUCAUCACCUGGAAACAGCCUCAAUACAGAUGGAAUACACCUGCAAAAUUCAAGAGAUGUGCUAAUCCACCACUCCAAUUUGGCAUGUGAUCAAUCACGCUCUGCCACAAUGAAUGGAAAUGAUAUAGACGCCUCAAUUGUAAACAUCAGUCAAUUCCACAGAAAUGACCAGUAUGCCCUAAUUACCUCGAUAAAGAAAAUCAAUAAUGCAAAGCACGAGUCAGAACUACAUUUACCUAGUAUCGCUAUUCAUAUCCCCUAAUCUUCUUUCGCCCCAUCCCCAUGGAGACAACACCCCUCCCUUUUAUCUAUUACAGUGUAUUCCUAGGAAAACCUGAAACAAGCUCAAACAUCUAUGUUCAUGACUUGAACUGCGGGCCCGGCCAUGGCAUCAGCAUAGGCGGGCUUGGAAGAGACAACACCAAGGCAUGUGUAUCCAAUAUCACUGUGAGAAACAUCAAUAUUCAGAACACAAUGACUGGAGUCAGAAUAAAGACAUGGCAGGGUGGUUCAGGCUCUGUCCAAGGCAUAUUGUUUUCCAACAUCCAAGUCUCUGAGGUCCAAUUCCCUAUCGUGAUUGACCAGUUUUACUGUGACAAAAGAACUUGCGAGAACCAUACAACUGCGGUUGCCCUGUCAGGGAUCACAUAUGAGAAGAUCAAGGGAACCUAUACAGUAAAGCCUGUACAUUUUGCAUGCAGUGACACUAUCCCUUGCACUGACUUGACCUUAACAGACAUACAGCUUGAACCUAUACAAGAAUCCUACCACUUGUAUGAGCCCUUUUGUUGGCAAACGUUUGGGGAGUUGAUGAGUCCCACAGUGCCACCCAUCGCAUGUUUGCAGAUUGGAAAGCCAGCCAAUAGCCGGAUUCAGUCAGACCACGAUUCUUGUUAGAGAUUAAUAAGGGCUCUUUGGCUAGAGUUGUUUCAGAAUCAAUUUAUGUGUAUGUGUGGUUGUGGUCAAAUUCCAACCCCUUCACAUCAUCUCUCUAGAGAGGAGAGCGAGAGAGAGAUACUUGGUUUCUUAAGAUUGUUGUAGAUUUCAUGGGUAGAUGUCAUUACAUUGGAAGCAUCUAUUUGUUGCUCCACGGUGAAUUGAUUUGUAUGCACUAUAGAAUAGUUUUAUACACAAGACCUUGGAGAUAUGAUUUCAAUAGAUCAGGGGUGUAUGACAAUUGAGUUACAUUUUUCAUCACUAUGCUAUCAUGUGUAUGUAGUUAUCUUAGUUUUGU